ACCGUCCAUCCCAACAGCAGCAGCGGCAUUCGCAACAGAAUCUCAUUCCAAAAAAAAAAAACAAAAAAUCCAAGAAAAUGAAGCAGUUCGUAGUGUUCGCUAGUGUGUGCUGUGUCCUGCUGGCAGGACGUGUCGUGCUAUCGGCACCAGCUCCUCAGGCCCCGACCGGUGCCAAAAAUGCGAACGAAGUGCAAACGGUGCGGUACAACAGCGAGAACAACGGGCUCGAUGGUUACAAGUUUACCUACGAGCUGAGCGAUGGUCAGAUCCGCUCGGAAGUCGGAACGUACCGUGAUGUGAAGGAUUCCGAGGGCAAGGACGUGAAGGCGCUGUUCGUGCAGGGUUCGUACUCGUUCGUCGGUCCGGACGGUCAGACGUACUGGGUCAACUACACCGCCGAUGAGAACGGUUACCAUCCGAAGGUCGGAACCGGCCCAACCGGUGGCAUCCAAUCGGGCCAGGAUGCUCCGAUUGCCUAAUCCUUGCGGUGUCCUUAGGAUAACCCACCAACGAACCAGCCAGCCAGCCAGAACGUCAGUUAGUCAGUCAGAAGUCAACCUAUCGUCCGCGUGGAUUUUCCCCGGAGCGUACUCAGUGGAUUGCCGGAGAGCGAACGACAGAAGCGAGGACAGAGGAAGCAGCAGCGAUGAACAGCCGCGGAAGACAUCGACCACGAAUGCGUGCAGUGCGUGCAUGCGCUAAGUCAGUGGCACCAACUUUCCUAGACUCUUAAGAGCGGUACGAGAUGUAAAUAUGGAUGCUUUGUGUUCCUUAGCUAAAACGAAGGAAGUAAAAUAAACAAA